AUGAAACAGAAUGCUCCCCGCACAAAACUUUUAAUUGCAAUUGUAAUAUCGUUUCUGUUCAUAUAUUUUCAUCAAAGUCCGCAUGUUAUUGUCCAUGAUAACGCAUAUCAAGAAAACGUUGAUUCAUCGUCUAUCAUAAAGCAAUACAAUGAUGAUGCAUCCCUGUCAAACCCAUUCUUAGAUAAGAUAAAUAAACGCUGGUAUGUGGACGGUGGUACGAAAAUAAGAAAUACGGGAUCGAUAAAAUUAACAGAUCCAAAUUCAAUAAAUGAGUACGGUGUCAUUCUCUCUAAUGGCAUAGGCGACAAUAUAAUAAAUGAUUUCGAAAUAAUAUUCAAUUUCAAAGUUUCUGACUUCAAAAAUAACAAUGAAGGACUGGCCUUUGUGAUUAGCUCUGAAAAUGGGUUCAUAUGGAAAGAUCUACAUGGAUCAUUUGCCACCAAACAAUAUGAGAUUCAGUCAGGUGGUGUACUGGCGAGUGAUCAUAGCCUGAUGGGAUUCCCACGUAAUCUUCCUGGACUAGCAAUAAUAAUUGAUACAUUAGUCAGUGACUCUAACAGCAGAAUGCUGGUUCCAUUUAUGGACCUCUAUUUAAAUUCAGAUCCUAAAACACAAUAUUAUGAUUUGGGCACCGAUGGGAUUCGAAGUACAAGUAAACGGUUAAACGAGGACCAUAUUAAACUUGAUGAACAAAUAAUAAAUGGCGAGUUCAUAAAACUUCGAAUAAUCUAUAUGGAAAGUAUAAGCUUUUUAAAAAUCGAUGCUCGACAUAAUGGUGCAUGGAGGGAGUUAUUCAGAAGUAAUGACAAUUUGUAUUUACCUAAGAAUAAAGGUACUGACCAAAGAUAUAUUGGGAUGGGAGCAUUGAGUGGCAGAGGGACGGCAGAAUUAUUUAGUAUUGAAACCAAUGAAUUUCAUUGGCAAAAUCAUGAUGAAUCUAUGGAGGAGACAUAUGCAUACGCGAAGGAGCUUGAAAAAUUCUUCUUAAAUGAAUAUGAACAGUAUAUAUCCAUUGAAAAGGAUAAUUUCGAUGAAUGGAGAAUUAUAAAAUCACAACACCAUUCACAGCGAGAUAAAAUAAGCGGUCAUCAUAUUUACUUUAAAUUCUUUUGGAGAUGGUUUUUUGGCGUAGUAAUACUAUUGUUGCUCUACUUGAUUUCACUAUACAUUAGAGUGACCAAGAGACAUUUAAGACGUUUAAAUAGAAAAAAAGAAAAACUGGUAAUCUAUUACCAACAUGAAUUUUUUUCUUAA